AUGGCCCGACAAAACCCCCACUCCAAAGCCAUGAUGGAAGCCUGCGCCAAUUCACCUACUGGAAAACUCCAGCAAGACGUGAUGAUCCUUUUCACGGCCCAGGAUCACCAUUACGUGACGCCGAAAUUCUAUACCGAGACCAAGCCGGCUACCGGGAAGGUUGUGCCGACGUGGAACUACGCUGCGGCUCAAGUCUACGGUAAAGCUACGAUCUAUUAUGACUCGGCUGCAAAUGAAACGUCGCAAUAUCUUCAACAGCAGAUUCAUGAUUUGUCUCAGUUGUGUGAGACUUCUAUGAUGGGUCAUACGGGUCAAGAGGGGAAGCCUGGGCCUUGGAAGGUAGCUGAUGCGCCGGAACGGUAUAUCGAUAUUAUGAAGAAGAAUAUCAUUGGCAUUGAGGUCUCUAUUGAGAGUAUUGGGGGCAAGUUUAAAAUGAGUCAGGAAUUGGGAGAGGGCGAUCGACAGGGUGUUAUUCAUGGCUUUAAUAACCUUGGCUCGGAUGUUGGGACUAAUCUGGCGGGUUUAGUGAAAGAGCGUGGAGAGAUGAAGGAGGCAGCGAAGGGUCAGAAAUGA